UCGAACCAAACGUUCCCUCCAAUUGACCUUUGAGGGAUUGGUCGUACACGCCAAUAAUGCGCCGGAAAGUGAGGUUCGCCUCGCACUCGAAUGUGAAGUCACUCUCUAUAAAGUCAAAAGGGAUCAUAAAAAACGAAAACUAAAUAAUGGUAAUUGGGACUCUGGUGAAUAUAAACAAAUUCAUCGUUCUUGUAUUCCCCUUUUAUAUGGAGUUGGAGGUUGCUUUGUCAAGGAUCUUCGGUCCAUACAACCAUACAUAACAAAUUUCGAUGAAACUAACGAUCCUGUUCAGGACAUUAUUUUAAAUUUUCGCAUUUAUGCACUUAAUUGUCAAUCGUGGCCACCUCUCGCGACCUAUUCACCCACUCAAAAGGCGUUAAGCAACGAACAUUCAAAGUUGAAUGCUGUCCGAAAUGUUGAUUGCGUUGACACUCGCAGAAUUCUGUGUAACCAGAUGAGUGUGAUCGAAAAUGGACGAUUCUGCAAGGAUGGACAAUACGAU